AAGCCAGCCCUAAUCCCUUUCUAUCUCCCCACUCCAGUAACCCUCUCUCCCGACUUGCCGCCUGUUCUUCCUAGCCCCUCUCUCCCGCCGUAUGUUCUUCCGGUAGCCUCUCUCAGUAUCUCUUUUCUCCUCCCUCGUGCAGUGGACGCCUGGACGGAAUCAUUCUUGAUCUUGUCAUCUCUGCUCUGGUCGUCUCUACAUCUCUGCAUUAUCCAGAUUCCACUCCAGGGAGAGUUCUGUAAUUAUUCGGGAUGCGGUAACACAUUCAAUUGCAACCAUCCUGUUGUGCGCCAGUUUAUUGUAGACUGCUUGAGAGUAACCGGUCGAACCCCAAAGCUGUACAAAUUAGGGCUUGCAGAUUCUCUCUUCGAGAAUUCUGAUCGCAUCGUAUCCAUUUGUCUUCAAUUGAACUUGGUUUUCGAUACCUAGGGCUUGAAGGCAGAGGAAUCGGAAUCGCACUUUUAGCGGCUCUGCACAGAUUAUCCUCGAUUUCAGAGGCCUCAAGAUUUUCGAUCGGCGUUGUGGUUGAAAGGAAUUUCAGGUACUUUGCAUUUGUAAUUGUUCAAUUCGAGAGGGAAAUGCUGGGAUAUGAUAGAGAUGAUUAUGGUCAGUUAGGCGACGAAUAUGAGGAUUAUGAGGACGAUGAGGAUGGUGAAGAGUAUGAAGGGGAAGAGGAAGAUCAAAAGCCUACCAAGGAAGCAUUGGCAUACCUUGAGUUGAGACAACACUUGAAAGAACAAUUACGAAAGAAGAAAAGUGGUUCUUCUUUGGCCAACUCCAGUAAUAAAAAGAAGCUCCCCUAUGACAAUUUUGGAUCUUUCGUUGGCCCAUCUCAACCAGUUAUUGCUGAGAGAGUUCAAGAAAGCAAAUUGUUGUUAGAAACCAAGCACCUAACAUCCAAUGCUACCAACUCUGUCCAUCAUAACAAGAAGAGCUCUGGAUCAACCUCUGCUGGAUCGAAAUCUGUAUCGAAUUUUGAAUUCAAAGACAAAGUUAUCAACUUGUUCAAAGAUUUCAUGGCCAGACUCGACAAUUUUGACGAGUUGGUGGCCACUGGAAGCACAUUACUCGUCGACUUUCAGCAGGGGCUGGAGUUUCUUCGACGACCUUGGAUAGAAGAGACAUCGGAUUUGGUUAAAAACAUAAUCCGAGGUAAUGAAACAAAGAGGGUUAAGUCAUAUGUUGAAGCUGGAUGUCUCAACGCUGACGAUGGCAGGCGAAAUAUAAGCAAGUUGCAUACAUGCCAACUUGGACUUUGUGACCAUCUAAGUAAAGGCAAAAACGUUCUUAAUGAACUUGAAUGCCUCCUGGAGGAUGUAAAUGGUGCAUUGCAAACUGCAAUGGGAAAUUUACCCAACUUUCAGGAUGACAGUUUUGCGGACAAGUUGAAUGAAGAAGCAUGCAAUGGUGACAAGGAGGAAUUUACAUCAUCCCAUCCCAAAAGAAAUGAAGUUACCAAUUAUGUUGUCAUGAUGGGGGUCAUUUACAGUAUGGUCAAGCAAGACUAUAUGAUGCAGGAGAGGAUCGUCUCUGCUCUUAAUCUCAAAUCAUCUUCAGGAGAAUUAGAGAGCUACUGCCUGAUGUGGUCUUUGCGUCCGUUCAUAAAUAACGAAUUUAUGGAUUAUGCUUGGAAACUUAUUCCCUGAAUGUUGCGGGAAUCUGAAUGCCAAGGUUUGCUUACUGUCAGAUUGUUAAAUUAAUUGUCAUAAUUUAGUUUAUUUCACAAAAUUAUAAAUAGAACUUGAAAAAAAAAUUAGCUUUUUCUUUAACAAGGAAAUAAAACUUUCAUUAUAUUGAAUAUUAGUUUACAAGGUUAGUGUAAUUUACAAUCCAUUGACCAUCCCAAAACCCUUGUGACAAAAUUAGGUGAUAUUUUACAGUUUUGCCGGCGGUUAGAAAUUGUGACUGGCUGCUGCUAGUAUCCACUUGUGUUAGCUUGGUUUCCUCACCAAUCUGAUAGUUAGUGAAGGUCUCAAAGUUGUUCUUGAAUAGACCAGCCAACUUCAUCGGUGUCU